AUGGCCGACAUUACCUCUCCACGAAGACCUCUCACAGCUGCCAAUAAUUUUAUCUCAGGGCUAUACAGCUCAGCAACAAUGCGUAGCGUCGUUCGUGAAGAAUUAGCGGGCAAGGUUUCCAAAGAUGAUGCCUCUGUUUUCAAACGCCUCGACAUCGACCAGGUGUCUGAUGAAUUCGUCGAUUCUUGUUUCGAAUUAUCCAUAAUCCAGCAUCGAGGCCUCUUCGACGAACUCAAUAAGGUCGUGGUAGCAGCUGCCCAAGCCCGGAACAAAACGUUUGACCACAACACGCAACUCGAACAACGGGCGAAGGGGGAUAGCUGGGAGGUGAAAAUGUACCCGCCGCUUCAAAAAAUGUGCAACAUCGUCACCAAUUUCUCGCAUCCAAGGGAGCGGAAAGCGAUGAGGAACAUCAAGAUCGCUGCGAAUAGGCAACUCAAGGGGGAAGAAUAUACAACUGGCUUUCCAAAGGUUGCGCCAGACGGAACCGGAUCCCGCGCCCUCGAAUGCGAUUCUUGGUUGCAAACUGACUGGUUCGUGGAAAUCAAACCGAAGGAAAGCCAAGGUCUCGCUGCGAAAGAUGCUACCAUAUCCGAGGUCGUCUGCCAGGCCGCCGACUACGCUCGGCUCCACAUGUCGUGCCGCCCUUUCCAGCUCUUCUCAGUCGGCCUCCUCAUCUUCGGACGCAAGUUCAUGGUGGGUAUCUUCGACAGGGACGGUGUCUCGCUCUCUCCUAUCUCCGACUUCUGCGACGCCGGUGAAGGUUUCAGAACUUUCAUCAGGGUGAUCCGCCAACUCGUCAGCCCCCGCCUCUCGGAUAUCGACUUCGGGUGUGACCCUACCGCUCAGCCUCUAAGCCCCUCAUCUGAUCUUCACGCUGCUGUGCGUGAGCUCGCGAUUUCACGAGGGCUAUCACCAGACUUCCCGCCAUACGUCGUAUUGUGCCCGAGAGAGUACUCGACGACGGUCAAUGGCGUGACUUCCACAAAAUGGCUACAGAAUUCGUGGUUGACGGUUGGCCCCCCUAUUUGGGUGUCUCUCUCCCUCAUCGGCCGGGGAACGAACAUUUGGCCUGUAGUCCCGCUGAUUUGUAACUCUGGCAAGUGUAGUAUCGUCGACGGUGCACCAAUUUCGAUCCUCAAGAAUGCAUGGCGCAAUAGCGAACGCACUGGAGAGGCGUCCAUCUAUGGGAGUCUCGAUGCCCCUCCCCCUGGCGUAGCGCGCUUUUUGCAAGGAGGCGACGCCCGGUUCGACGGUGAGACGGACAUACCGAUAUCGGUGCACAAUCUGCGUAGUCAAUACCCGUACGGCGCAUGGCUCCACAGAGUUGCGACGAAUGCUGCAGCCAACGCUCCACCUGGGCCUGGGACUGGGACAGCCGUCCUCCAUCGUCUUAUCCUGCAGACCAUCGGACGGCCAUUGUGGCACUUUGGGAGCUAUCUCGAGCUGCUGAAAGCAUUCCGUGCGGCCAUCGUUGGUCAUCAGCGGCUUGUCGCUCAUGGAAUCCUCCACCGAGACAUCAGCGCUGGGAAUAUCAUGAUAUCCGCCGACGAUCAUCCCGGUGCGGGCGAAGAAGGCUUCUUGAUGGACCUUGAGUUCGCGAGGAUUAAUGAAGUUGUACAUGUCACGAAGGCCCCUGGGGGUCCGCAGCGUACGACGUGGAGUGUUCCGAGGCGGGGCAUCCAGAUGACCGGCACCGUGCAGUUCAUGGCUAGAGAGAUCUUGAACUCCAUCGUCAAAAACAAUCCAGUUGAACACACAGUAUCACACGAUCUUGAAUCGUUUGCUUGGGUCUUCGCCUACGUCGUGCUUCGCCGUCUACUUCGCGAUUCGGGAGAUGAGACGAAAUCGACAUUCACAAAGGACGAUCGAUUUGCUAUCAAAACGACGUACGACCAAUCAUUCGGCGCUCUGAAACUCGAUACUGUGCUGACUCAACGUCGUUCACUGGGCGUGUUCGACUUGAGAGAAAAUGGUAUAGAAGGACUCGUCCCCGCCGCUAUCACCUAUUUUAUGAAGGUUCUGGGAAUGCUAGUGGCCGCAAACCACGCGGCCGCUCAGCCACCUGAUCCGCGCUUUUCGGUCUUCAUGGCUACCCUCCCGCCGAUAGUCUCUCUGCCUUCGCAAACCAAAAUGACGCACUUGCAUUUUAUCCAGCUCAUCGACGCCACUAUUCAAACACUUGUGAGCGAGGCGCAGAUAGACGAAUGA